AUGGGUGAGGCUUCCAGAGGAGCUCGAGGUUUCUCCAUUUUCGUUGGGAACAUCACAUUCGAUACAAACCAGGAGGACCUGUACAAGAUCUUCACCAAGUAUGGAAUAAUCAUGGACGUUUUCACUCCUUGGGCCAAGAAUCUCAAUCGGCAUAAAGGAUGUGCCUUCAUCAAAUUCAUGUACGCAGCUGACACUUACACGGCGAUAGGUGUUUUAAACAGAAGGAUGGUGGAUGUGAGGAAGCUGGCGGUGGAGAUGGCUAAGCCUACAAAAACCCUAAAACCAAUUCUACCUUCCAACCAUGCCUGCGAUGAGAGUCAGGUCCCCUACUCCCUUUUCCCUCGGCACCAACCAUCUCCUCUCAAUGCAGAUACUCCUCCUGGCCUUGCCCCUUCACAGGAGCAACCCCCUCUCCCUGCUUAA